AUGUCGACUGAACAGAACUUGUCUGAAGCUAUGAGUCAUCUCUCGACGGACGAUGUCUCCGCACGAGCCGCCGAACUAAAGGCCAAAGGCAAUGAGUUAUUCACCGAAAAGAAGUAUGAUGAGGCUAUCAAGGUCUACGGCGAUGCUAUCGCAAUCCAGGAAAACGCAAUACUCUAUUGCAAUCGCGCGGCAUCACACCUGGCCAUUCAAUCCUUUGGGCUGGCUGCUCGAGAUGCGAUGAAGUCAAGCGAGCUAGACAGCGGAUAUAUCAAGGCUUGGGCAAGGCUCGCAGCCGCUCAGCACGGACUUCAAACCUACGCAAACUCUGCGCGUUCGUGGGAGCGCGCUCUCAGCCUUGUGAAUGCGAGGGGUGAUGAUCCUGCGAAUGCCAGACUCCGAGAAGAAUACAAGAAGAAUCUGGCGCAGGCACAACGACUGGCGCAAAAGCAUGGACAGAUGGCGCAGCGGGGCGUAGAGGGCGCCCCGAAUCUCCUACUUAUGAACUCUAAAGGGAAGAAACACCCCUGGGACCGCGCACGGGAGAUGUUGCCGCGGUUGCAGAGACAAGGUAUAACAAGAAGUAGCGCAUUCGUCAUCUCCGAAGCAUCUGAAGAACUUGAGGAGGGCUUCCGCAUGCUCGCUACAGUCAGAAACAUGGGUCCUAUGAUAUCCGGGACGAUCGGUGUUCUGCAAAUGUUCUGUAACGCUUUGAUCCAGGACGACCGAUGCUUUCGGCUCGACAUGGGCGACUUCCAAGAGAAGAUGAACCUACAGAUUCAAAUGGAACUCACUCAAGCACGGACACCUUCGAACAUCCUCGACGCGGACGCAUUCAUCGUCGGCAUCCGUGAACUUCACUCACAAGGUGGCCAUGACUUGUCUUGCAGAGCCAUGACGGCGGGGCUUCGAACACUCAUCUGUCGCGCUUAUCUGGAAUCUGGUGUGACGCAAAAGUUUGCCAAGGCUAUCGAUCUGUACGACAAUGUUCUGAAGAUCAUGAGAUGGGGUCGGGACGAGUGGCCGAAUGCUUCGAAGGAUGAUCGUGGAGCAGUGCUAGAAGAUACUUACAUUCUCGGAGUGAGACGUCUACGCUUGGUAGCUUACAUGCAGGCGUAUAGUAACAGGGAGAACAGAAGUAAACACACUUUGCAAGGUCUGCUCGAGGAAUCCGAGAGCAUCCUGGCUGAAGUGAAAGCACUUCCGCCUUUGAAGGAGGCGCUAUUACCUGGUUUCAACAUGGCCUUCCGCGAUUACGUUGAAGGCGAAGCAUUAGCGCAUAUCGGCUUUUACUGGAACCAUGUAACUCGUGAGGAGCAGCCUAGGACUGAGAGCGCCAUCUCGCGAGGGAUGGAUAACCUGCGCAAGUCGGCGAAGUUCUACUUUGCGGCAGCGGAAAAGUUUCCCGAGGACGAUGAGAGGCACGUUUGGUAUAUCAAGAUUGGCCUCGACCAACUGUUCACGGCUGGCGCUCCGCUCUUCAUCACCAUGCCUGUCAUUGAGAAAGUGCGGUACAAGUUGCCUGUGGCCCAAGAGAUCUGGCAAUUCUCCAGCAUGAACAUCGGCAAUGGAGGCGGCAAACCAUACGAAGAUCUGUUUGGUUUUAUUGAUGAAGUCAACGAGAUGAUGGAGAAGGGGAUCUGCAACAUGAACGUCGGGGUUUCUCCCCCGUGGGCCGCUCCGAGGGAUGUCUUCGGCGAUACCGUCGGCCAGGACGCACCGUGA